GGAAAUGUCACAGCAGAGCCCCACUUCUUGUAACAUGACUAGUGGGAUAGCAGGAUUGUGUCUUUGAGCCCAAAAUGCACCAGAAAACACCAGCAGAACUACCCUUUAAGCUGUAAAAAAAGGAAUCCAGACAUGAACAUGAUUGGACGACUUGUGAAAACAAAGUUCUGGCUUUGCUGCUUUCUGGUUUGCAGACUUAUUGGAACUAGUGUAUCCUGGGAACACAGAAACAUUUCUGAAGAUUUCCAGCUUUCACAGACAGUCCUCCAGACUCCUGAUGGAGUUUUUGAAUAUGUAAAUGUUUCCCUGGAUUUCAGGCAUGCAGAGAGAUACUGCAGACAACAGUUUAGCCUGUUGCCCAAUGAUACCUCACAGGAUGAUCUGGAAUCUACAAAGAAAUUGCUACUGGCCAUGGGGGUCAGUGAUCCAAUAUGGUUAAGGGACUCGAGCACUCAUAGAUGGGGACACCCAUGGUUUACUGCAGGGCAGAACAGCCCUCUUCUGCUACCCAUUUUGAUGUUCCAAGAGGUAACACACACCAAGUAUGCCAAGGUUGAGCUCCACUUUCCUGCGUUGUCUGAGAUCACUGUCUGUGCAUGGGUGCAAUGGGACAACAAAAGCCAGGGAGUUUCCACCAUCUUCUCCUAUGCAGAACCUUUCUUUAUCAAUGCGUUUCAACUGCGAGGGCAAACGGACGAACAUGGCAACAUAAACAUGGCUUUAAUUGUGCAUGGACAUCACACGCCCUACAAAACACUGCUCAGAAAUGAUGGGGAGUGGCAUCACCUCUGUGUCACCUGGCAAAAAGCUAAGGGGAUCUGGGCAAUCUAUAUUGACAGGGAGAAGGGAAACUCUGGCAGUGGUCUCUAUGCAAGCAAAGAUAUUAAUGGUGAUGGCAUGUUUAUCAUUGGACAAGACCAAGACACUCUAGGAGGAACUUUUAAUGAGGCUUUCUGUGGUAACAUCACAGCGUUGAAUAUCUGGAACAAGUCCCUGAGUGAAGAGCAAGUGGCAGGGGUCAGUCCCUGCUCAAUGAUCAUGCAGAACCAGCUGUUCCAUUGGGAUGUAACCAAGAUAACUAUUGAGGCAACAGUUGGGCGGUCUUUGAUGAAGUUCAUGUGCCCAGAUCUUAAAUCUCUACCCAAUAAAGAAUGCAGGGCCUUUCAUAUCGCCCCGGUAACGCAGCAGCAAACACAUGGCUACAGCCCCUGCACAAGACCUCUAGCAUUCGUGUGCAAACACAAAAAAGGUGCAUAUUUGAAGUUAAAGGAAAUGCAAGAAGCUCAUGAGGAAAAUAACACUCAGUUCAUCGACUAUUUGAUAAAACUUACCAACAGUUCCACGAUUGAAGAAUGUUUGUCUACUAAGUGCUCGGUAAACCUGAGUGUCUCUGAAGUGCACCAGAUUCUGCAGUACACACACCAAGCCCUCAGAGAAGCCGAUGGGGAGCUGGAGCCGUCUGACCUGCUGGUGCUAGUGCAGUUUCUCAUACAUGUGGCCGACAUGGAUGUUAAAGCCAGCGAGAGCACGGUAACCAUUGGGGAACUCAGCAGGAACUUCAUUGCAGUGGCGGGUGCAAUGUUUGAAAAGGACCAUGUCAGCAAGUGGGCAGCAAUUAGGGAGCUUGUAAAUGGACCCAUGACAGUGGUCCAGAGCAUUGACAGGAUGGCUGCUAAUCUUAACCUGUUGAUGAUGGCUGGAAGCAGUGAGAUGGUGAUAGACAGCAGUAACAUCAAACUCAAAGUGAAACAGCGGGUCCUCAGCCAUGAUUCCACUGGGGCUGACUUCUACGGGCUGCAAUCUGGGAAUGAGAGCACUGGCGAUUACAUUUCAGUUCCUCCAGAACAAAUCAAAGACCUUCAACAAAAUGGUUUUAAAAAAGUUACCUUUGUUAACACGUGGUAUGGCUCCUUGCAUCCCUACUUCGGAAGUGAAAACAAUGUCACUCAGUUCUCUGCAGUUUCAGAUGGAAGCCGCAAGUAUGUGGGUACAGUGCUGGGGUCUUCUGUUAUCUCCACCACUAUACUAAGCGAUGAUCAACAAAUUAACAUGGCUGUACACUACCAGCUUCAGCACAGAGUUGAGUAUACUCCUGGAAUAGAAUUCGAGCCUAUUUGUGUAUUCUGGGAUUUCAACCUCAGGAUGGAGAAGGGAGGGAGCUGGUCCACGACAGGGUGUUUCGUAACUGCCCUGGGUUAUAAAUCAACAUCCUGUUUCUGCAAUCACACCACCAACUUUGCCCUGCUGUUACAAGUUUACGAAGUGCACCGAAGCCCAGCGGAAGAAUCUACUCUGAGGAUCCUCACGUUCAUUGGCUGUGGGGUGUCCCUCUGUGCCCUGGCCAUGACCUUCAUUCUGUUCAUUGCUGUGGGCGUUCCUAAUUCAGACCGAACUACAGUCCACAAGAAUCUCAUCUUUGCAUUGGCAACUGCGGAAAUCCUGAUUCUGUUCAGUGAACUGGCCAGCAGCAACAAGGCGCUGUGCAUGUCUGUCACAGCUCUGCUUCAUCUCUUCUUCAUGGCUUCCUUCACCUGGAUGCUGGUGGAAGGUCUCCUGCUCUGGAGCAAAGUGGUUUCUGUGAAUAUCAGCGAAGACAGGAGGAUGAAGUUAUACUAUGUCAUUGGCUGGGGAUUGCCAGUCAUUAUCGUUGGCAUCACCUUGGCAACUUCCUUCAACAAGUACGUGGCAGACAAUCACUGCUGGCUGAAUGUGCAGACAGAUAUCAUCUGGGCUUUUGUUGGGCCUGUACUCUUUGUUCUGUCUGUCAAUGCCUUUGUGCUCUUUCGUGUGGUGAUGGUAACGGUUGCUAGCGCACGGAGACGCUCCAAGAUGCUGACGCCAAGCAGCACCCCGCAGCUCCAAGCCUGGGACCUGACAUGGGCAGCCAUUAAACCAGUCCUCGUCCUCCUGCCACUGCUGGGUCUGACCUGGUUGUGUGGGGUCUUGGUUCACCUCAGUGUUGUUCUGGCUUACAUAUUUACUGCAAUGAAUGCAUUUCAGGGUCUUUACAUAUUCCUGGUUUAUGCCGUGUACAACAGUGAGGUGAGGAGUGCUAUAAAAAGAAUGAAGGAAAAGAAAAAGGCUCUUUCUUUUACAAACUGCUCCCAGCCAAUAAGUUUCCUGACCACUCAAAAGAUUACAGGUUCCUGGGAUCAUGGGAAAUUGAGUCUUUCUACCCCUGAAAGCAGCGUGUCUUCACCGAAACAAAGUGUCUCCACAAAGAAAUCCCUAGUCCUAAAAAAUGAGGGAUUCAGAAAAGACAGCUUUGUGACCGUUUCAUUGAACCCGACCGUUCAGCUGACAGCCUUCAAACCAUCAGGCUGCUGAGGCUUGCAUAAUAAUGUAGAAGAAAAACCGCUGUGAAAGAACCUCCUUGGAGCUCCUGAGCGCAGUGCAGUACAGCCUGGAACACAGCGCAAGCACGCACAUGCUUUAUUAUACCGUGGGUCACUGUUUCCAUGAUGAGUGUCUGUCUGGUUUGUUUUCAGUAUCAGUACAAUGCCUUCAAAAGUUAAAUUCAACUGCACAAAAUAACAAUACUGCUGCUACCUUGCUGUUGGUUUUGAAUAGAAACAGCUUCAGUAGUGGAUUGCCUAUUUGGGAACACAAUGUAUUACAGGGCACAUGUUAUAGAAAUAAAUACCAAAGCGAUAAUUCACUGACGACAGAAUUAUGCCGUGAUGAAUCAACAUGGAUUCAAAAGCAAGUAUUUUAGUUUGUUUUCCUUUCCCUUGCCUUUUUUGAUAUUUGCAGUCAUUCGAUGUUCCUGUUGCAAUACCUUUUUUAACUCUUUGAUGUGAUCUGUGUUAGGGUGGGAAGUUAAGAAGCUGCUCCUCUUCUAGUUGCAAUAUACAGCACAGACCAGAUCAGUGUCUUCAUAGUAAGAAGAGCCAAUGCCAUCUAGUGAACUCAUUAGUAUUGCCAGAAAUAUGAAAGAAAAUGCAUUCGUUUCACUAGAUGGACAGAUGAUAUUAUAUAUUUGAGUGAUUGCAAUAGGAAGCACUCAACAUGAUUGCAAACAUCAUAAAAAGUACAUUUGAAAAAAUCUCUGAUCUGGUUUGAGCCACCGCUAAGCUGCUCAAAAUGUGCAAAAAAAUGUAUUUUAUUAUGUCACCCCACCCAUCACAUAUUAUCUUAUUUAGAACACAAGAACACAGAUUGGACAGAGUGAGCAUAAUAAGUGUUGUUUUUAAACGUUAGAAUUGUGCUGCGUCUUCUAAGCGCGGGAUAUAUCUGCAUGUGCUGGGCUUGUGGUCCAUUACAGUGAAUGGUUCAUUUCAUAUGUGUGAAUAACAAUACAGAGUCAUUGAGAGGGGAUAGAAGAUGUACAAUAAUUACCCAAUGUAUUGUGUACAUUGGUAUCCAAAUGAUUACUCAAACUACACCACACAGCAUAAACAUUUCUGCAAUCUUGAAAACCGCCUGCAAAAAGAAGAGGCUACCUGGGAUUACAGUAUACAGGAAACAAUAAAACAAAACUUCUGCAACCCUCAGAAUAGUGGAAAAUGGUUCCUUUAAGGCAUGCAUGGUUCAGUAUAGUGCAGAGCAGGCCGGUCUUCGCUGGGGACUCCGAAGGGAGCGUCUCAUUGGCCCAGGCACUCCCGUGAGUUAGGCAGGUAAAACCAGGGACUGUUUCUCCUCAUUGCUCUUCAGCGAGCCCUGCUGUCCAGGCACCUGGUGAGCUCAGAGCGGACACCUGCAGGGCUGGCCUUUGUCCUCCAGAGGUCAGUAGCUCGCUGAAAUCCGCUCUCGAGUUCCUGGGUGAAAAAGGAAGCUGGCUUGUUUGUGGGAUCGGAGGACGCCCACUGAAUCUUUGGGUCUCCUAGUCAUGUGGGGUGUUGCUGCAGUGAGGAGAAAAGCGAUUGGGCAUUCCAAAUUGGGAGAAAAUCAAGGAUAAAUUAUAAUUGGACACACUAAAUGAAAAAAAAAAGAUAGUGUAAAUUCAAUGACAAUGCUUGUCAUGAAUGUAUGAAGUUUCUGAGCACAAUUUUGACAGGUCCCCUUAUCAUUGUCUAGUUGGUCUUUGCAUUUCCAAUACAAAUGGACAUUAUUGACAGUAAAUUAUUGCAUCACUAUUUUGCUUCUGCUGUUUUGACUGUGAUUAGUCAACUCCACUUGCAUGUGAACCAAUUAUUCAGAUAUGUAUUCAAACUAGUCCUAUUGAGAACAUUGAAAUGCCCAUAUUUAGGAUUCUUUAGCUAUGUAAGUGAUGUCUUUAAGAUAGCAAGAGGUAUGACUGCUGGUGUUCUAUCAUUGUAGAAAUCCCAUCCCUACGACAUGCACAUGUAAAACCUCAGGGGAUUAAUGAGAGCUGUUCCCAUGUGG